UGCGACGCAUACAUACAUACACUACUUGAGUAAAACACUGCAUUGCGUAAAGGCUGUUCUCUUUUCAGACAGUUGAAAAUAGAAUACAACGCAUUUGAUACUUUGAUCUUCAUUUCAUGUGUGCGUUCUACUCAACCCCUUUCCGCACAGAUCCACACUCAUCGCUACGCUAAUCGAUUCAAUUCAAUUCCAUCAGGUUAGAUUGCUAGAGAAGAAUUGGAAGAAGAAGUAAAAUCAAUCGAUAUAGUUGAUUGUGUUAUUAAUGUUUGCUGUUCCUGCUAAUAGUCCUCACUUACGCAAAUCUGGAAGUAGACCUGUUGUUUAUGAUCUUGAUGAAUUUGAGGAGGAAAAUGGUGCUGAUGAAAGUUUAUUGCAUUCUGUUGAGGGAAAUGAUUCGAGGGGUGGAGCAACUCCAAUGAAUGGUUCUGGAAUGAUGCCCUCGCCUGUUUUGUUGUGGAGAUUCAAGGUACUGUUGUUUCUUAUUUGGGGAUGCAUCUGUUGCAAGAUUGGAUGGGAUUCUGUAAUGAGAAUGAGUGCAGACAAACGGGAAUUAUUUCUAUAUGAAGCAUUUUUGUAUUUUAAUCCUCUUCUUCUCGCGGCUUUGAUGGUUUGGCUUUGGGGAAUCAACUUAUGGGUUUUUGCUCAGGGUGGAGUUAAUUAUGCAAAAAUAUUUGAUCUUGAUCAAAAUCAUCUGACUCACGGAGAAAUAUGGAAGUGUGCUAUGUGGAUGACAAUCAUUGUUCCAACUAGUAUGACAGCAUACAUUUAUCUUUAUUCUCAUGGAGAAGUCGCAUAUGCUGCAUCACAACCAGUGCUCUUGUAUGCUGCUAUUGUGAUGGUUUUAAUAUUCCCCUUUGAUAUCUUCUAUUUUUCAUCUAGAUAUUUCUUCUUAAGGACACUCUGGCGAAUAGUUUUCCCAUUACAGGCAAUAUCAUUCGCGGAUUUUUUCUUGGCUGAUAUUUUAACUUCAAUGGUAAAGGUCUUUUCUGAUUUGGAGCGUUCAGUAUGUAGAAUGGUCCACCAACAGGUUGCAACAAUUGCUUGGUUGGAAGCUGAUUCUGUUUGUGGCAGUCACUCUGUUGUAAUUCCAUUAGUUCUUGUUUUGCCUUACCUUUUCCGCUUCAACCAAUGUCUCCGGCAGUACAAAGAUACUGGAGAGAAAACUAGUCUUCUGAAUGCAUUAAAAUACUCAACUGCAGUGCCAGUGAUUUUUCUUUCUGCUCUCAAAUAUCAUGUUUUCCCUGAACAGUGGACAAACUUCUAUAGGCCUCUCUGGCUUCUGUCAAGUGUUGUGAACUCAUCGUAUUCUUUCUACUGGGAUGUGACUCGAGAUUGGGACCUAAGUGGCUUCACUCGAAUAUUCAAGUUCAGCAAACCACAUCUGUUCUCAUAUUUGCUGUAUGGAAGGAGAUGGGUUUACGUUUGGGUGAUUGGAAGCAAUUUGGUUUUGCGUUGCACAUGGACAUACAAGCUUUCUGCCCAUCUUCGCCACAAUUACCUCACGGUGUUUACAAUUGCUGCUUUGGAGAUUUUCCGCCGAUUCCAGUGGAUCUUUUUCCGUGUCGAAAAUGAGUGGAACAAGAUGAAUAACAAAUCACACAUGCAGCUCUCGACGAGUGAAAAAUCAAAUGAGGAAGAGAAUUUACUUCAUUCCAUGAAUUACAAUGUAUAGGCUAGAGAACAGUAUGAUGCAUGUUUCAAAUAUUUUGACGAUAGGGGAGCUUCAUUCCGUUUUGCUUCCCCUUGCAUAUAGAAAUGUCACUAUUUUUUUACAAACUAAACACCUUGUUCAAUUAUUACAGUGCUUUUCAGCGGUAUUUUGUUCCAUUCCAUAAUAGCAAUUGUAUUAUAAUAUCAUGUAAACCUUGUUGUAAUCCUCAGGGUUCAUAACAUUGUUUAUGAAUGACCAAGUUGCAUCCCCAGUA